GCCUGUAGUCCUGAUGCUGAUCGCCCACAGUGGAUUUGGCAGCGCGCAGGACAGGAGGAGACGUUUUACGCACGAGUCCCGCUCGCGAUUAAAAGCAAUUGGCAAACUCGUUGUAGAGAGGGGAUCCUGUUCUCAUGGUGGGUCCGUCAUCUUCCCGUGGAGGAGAGCGCGGUAAAGUGCAAGCUGAUUGAAUGGUACCCCUAGUCACCAUGGAUUACGGACGGACCAUGGCCCCUCCGGUACCCCCGCACAAUCCCACACAAACCCGGCCAGGGCAGCCGCAGGAGAGGCUGCUGAAGUGCGUCCUGCUCGGCGACGGAGCAGUGGGCAAAACCAGUCUCGUGGUCAGCUACACAACGAAUGGCUACCCAACCAAAUACGUCCCAACUGCAUUUGAUGACUUCUCAGCUGUGGUUCAAGUGGAUGGAAACCCGGUUAGACUACAGUUGUGUGACACUGCAGGACAGGAUGAGUUUGACAAACUCCGCCACUUCUGCUACAGCCGGACAGACGCCUUGCUGCUCUGCUUCAGCGUGGUCAGCCCGGCAUCCUUUCAAAACGUCUGGGAGAAGUGGGUCCCCGAAAUCCGCCGCCGCUGCCCCCUCACGCCCAUCCUCCUCGUAGGCACACAGUGCGACCUGCGGCAGGACGUCAAAGUGCUGAUCGAGCUGGCGAGGCGGAGGGAGGCGCCGGUGCUGGAGGAAGACGCCAGGGCGCUGUCGGAAAAAAUUGGGGCGGUGACGUACGUUGAGUGCUCAGCGCUGACACAAAAGAAUCUAAAGGAGGUGUUUGAUGCGGCCAUCGCUGUCGGUCUGAGGCAGUUCGACAGGAGAGCGAGGCGGGAGAGGAAGGUCCGCAGCACAGCCGAUAAGAUGAAGAUGCUCUCCAAGUCCUGGUGGAAGAAGUAUGUGUGUGUCCAGUAGGGAGUGAGGAAACCCUGUGACUGAUGAUGAAACUGGAACUGCUCACCUGUUGGUGGGGACUGGAUGUAAGGACUACUUUUUUGUUCACCUGGACAACCCCAGGUGUGGUAGCCAGAAUACCUUUAAUCAGUGGAGCAGUAGCUCAACAGAAGCAAAGUGUGCCUACCGGAGCUGGAGAGUUUUUGCAGAAAUCCUCUUUGUUGAUGCCUAAAAGUCAGAGAGCAUGCGGCUAAAUUAAGCAUUGUCUUGCUCCUCAGAGCCAGUCUGAACUGUCAAAUAUGACUGUGACCUGCAUUCAACCAUAAAAUGGAGUUAAUAAAGUUUAAUGGCACAUAUCAUACUGGACACUGGAAACAUAAGCUGACUUGGAAGGAGAGGUGUCCAGAUGGUGAUCUUAUGUACUAAAGGUGUACUCCUCCUAUGUGUCUGAUAUGAUGCCCAUCAAAGUAUAUUAUUUUCUGUGUUCUACACUGUAAUUCCCCAACACUUCUUAUACAUUUAUUUCACUAAAAUCAGAACUUGAAGUUAAUGUAAACUAGCUUGAAUUCCCAAUCAAAGAUGCAAUAAUACUACUGUUUCCUAAAUCAGAAGCAACUCUAGUGACCUGUAACUAAUUGCAUUUAUUUUAACUCCUUAUCUUUUGGAUUACAAUCAAAUGUAAAUGAGUAUAAAUUCUUUUAAAAUCUGAUUUAUUGUGGCGUGUUGGAGUCUUGUGUAGGGAUUUCUCUACACCAGCUCAUGUCCGUGCCACAUGUUGAAGUGUUGCUACAGCUGUCACACUGUUAGUCGACGACACAGUUAGAGGUCUGUAAGCUCCUCACCAAUACACACCUUCUACAGUAGAUCGAUGCCACCAAACAUUAACAGAGGAGACCGACUGAUGCCUAAUAAUCCUGGAUAACACAUGCCUGCUAUUCAGCUUUACCCAAACUGUUGAAGAAACAGCUUUUUAGUUUCAGAACUUUACUGUUACAAGGUCGCAGCAAUAAGUUGGGUGGUGCCUCGGUACAUUGCACUUAUCACACGCAGUCCAAACACACCACUGAAGUCUCGCCAUGCAAUGGCCUUUGGAGCAGUGGUGUGGAUUAGAUGUAGAGCAGGUAACUGUGCUUGAGAUGUAGGUUUACUCCGUGUCACUGAAACAGAUGUGUCUGAUCUGCAUGUCCCCUGCACCACCCACCGGUUCGGAUGACCAUAGGGUCUUUCUUUGUCAUUGCAGUCAUGGCUUUAAACAGAUAAUUAUCCAUCUUCCUCAGUCAGUAAAUUGGAGCACAUUCCUCUUUUGAAAUUAUACAGUAAAUGAGGUGAAAUCACCAAAGAGACUGAUUCUAUGUUUGCUUCUUAUUUUUCAGAAGCCUGUCAUUCAGCUCUGUCUAUUUCUCUGUUUCUUCUGGGCCAAUAACUGAUCAGCAGCAAUACAGAGCAGAUGUAUGAAAUAUUGUAUGUCAUUAUGUAUGUUACAUAGUAAUCAUUUAUGAUGUUUGUAAUGUCAUCGGGAUAAAUCUGCAUGUACAUAUAUAAGUGACUCAGUCAUUGUCUGUGCUGUCCAACUCUAAAUGGUACUUACAGAAUGAGUGUUUCACUUAAUGUCUGAUUUUUGACUGGAAAGCAGUUUGUUGAGCUGAAUGAGCGGAACAAAAUAAAAUGUGAAAUAUUUAA